ACCUUUAUUUAAUUCAUUCUGCAACAAUAAAGUUUCAAUAAUGUUUCUGUUAUUACCCACAUAUAUGAAUAAUAUUAGUGUCCACAUAUUAGUGCUUACAUAGAAGCAUUAUAUAACAUUUUAAUUAAAUUUGAUGGGAGUGCAAAGUUAUAGUUAUAAACUAACUACUUAUAUAGUGUCCUAUUCUAUUAUGCCUAAGUAUAACAUUUUCAGUAAAUUUAAUUACAAAUUUGUUUCUAUGAAUGAACGCUAUAAAAUAACUUGAAAUCAUGCCAAAGGUAUUAUUGCGCAGUCUUCUAAAAAUACCUCGUUAGAUUUAGUUCCACGGCGUGAAGUCAGUAUGGUGUAGUCGGCUCUUUAGAUAAAAUAUAUUGUUUUGUGAAUAAUUCAUUACAAUGAGUGCUACUGCAGCGUCAUUAACUUGUCCAAUAUGUGCUCAUGCUGGAGUGUUUGAUUCUGUGCAAUCGCUAAGAGAUAGAUUAAUUUAUGUGUCGACUAAUAAAAUGUUGUGCCCAGUAUGUCAAGAGGAAGUUGUUGGCCUAGAUAAACUAACUAUUCAUUUAUUUAGUCAUGUGAAACUGUUAACUUCAAAAAACUACCAGGAUAAACAAGGAUAUGUAGACAAUUCACAAUCACCGAAAGAAAAUAAGCAAGCCUCAAUACAACAAAAAAAAACUAAAUCAGGCGCUGCUAAAAGUAAGGCAAUAAAAUCAACAGCAAACGACCCAAUAAAAUAUGUUAAGAUAUUUCCAAAAUUACCCGUUAUUUCUUUAAAUACAGUUCCUGUAAUAGACAUAUCUCAAAGAACAGUUGAAGAAUGUGUAACGAUGAAUAAUUUGGUGCAUAUGCCAACAUUGAAAACAGAUACCACGAUUUUAAGAUCCAACACUACAUGUGAUGUUUGUGGUUUACAAUUUGUAGACACUAAUAUUCUUAAAAUGCAUAAAUGCUUGAUACAUAAUUUAGAUGACGACACUAACAAAAGUUUCACCAGAUAUGAAUGUCACGUAUGUCCUAAGCAUUUUAAAAUGAGAGGAUCUUUGAUGGUACAUUUGAGAGUAGCUCACUACGGAUUUAUUUCUGGAAAUGAUUCUAAUAAUAUAUCAAAAACGGUUAAAGAAGAGUCUCCUGGUAGCAAUGUUGAUCAGUUUACUAACGAUAACGCAAUUUUAGAGAAAAAUGACAAUAAACAAUGGCAAUGUGAUGUUUGUCAAAAAUGUUUUACUACAAAAUAUUUUUUAAAGAAACACAAGCGGCUACACACAGGAGAAACGCCGUAUGCUUGUUCGCAAUGCAAUAAAACUUUCACAUUUCAGCAAUCCUAUCACAAACAUCUGUUAUAUCAUAAUGAUGAAAAACCUCAUACGUGUAAUUUUUGUGGUCGAGCAUUUAAAGAGCUGUCAACACUUCAUAAUCAUCAAAGAAUACACACUGGAGAAAAACCAUUCUCUUGUGAAACUUGUGGUAAGAGUUUUAGACAACGAGUAUCUUAUCUAGUACAUCGUCGAAUACACACCGGAGUAAUGCCAUAUAAAUGUACGGCAUGUGAAAAAAGUUUUCGCUAUAAAGUGUCACAACGCACGCACAAAUGCCCCGCUAAACCUCCUGGAAUCGUAAUUCGACAAAGUGGAGACUUGGUUGAAAAACUGAAAAAGAAAAAUAAAGACCCAGAUUCAAUUUUACCCGAAAGUUAUAAUAAUACCUUACAGUACUCUGAAGUUUCUGAAGCAAAUGCAGCAUUGGUCCGUUCUGGAGCCAAAUUAUCUUUGGAAGAUAUGGAAUCAGAUAGCUUUAAAUUAAUAUCGGAACCAUUUAUAGACAACAUUAAUAUACAAGAAGAUAAUAUUUCUGACACGUCGUAUCCAAUAAAACCAGCAGUUGGAGAAAACAAUAGUUCAGUAACUGACGAUAUUCUGAAUUCUAAUAUAGAAGACUUGAUAGAUUCUUUACCUAUGUUAGAUAAAAAUGUACCUUCUCCUUCAGAAAUUUUGAAAAAUUUGUGUUUAUCACAAGAAGAUAAUUAUAGUGGAAAUAUUUUAGACCAAAAUAGUGAAAAACCAUACGACUUAUACAAAGUUUUUAAUGAUUUCAUGUAAAUAAACUUUAAGUAUGAAGUCUAAAGUCAAUUACAUUUUCGAAAAUGUAUGUACUUUUAAAAUUUUUGACGACCUGGGUGGUGCAGUGAUAAAGUGCUUGCCUCUGAACCGAAAGGUCCCAGGUUCGAUCCCCGGUCGGGUCAUGAUGGAAAAUAUAGUAUAGUUGAGUUAGUAUCCCAUAACACAAGUCUUGAACUCUUUGGGGCUAGCUCAAUUUGUGUGAUUAAUUUGUCCUAAUAUAUUUAUUUAUUUAAUGUUUUUAUUAAAUAUAUACUUAUUCUAAUUAAUAAGUAGUUUGAUUCCAUUUGA